GAAUAUUGGCCGGGACCAUAGACACAUGAUAAUGACAAACUAUAUGAUAUAUAACUUGUCAUUUUUGGGGGUGAUUUUAGGGUUUCGAAGUUGGCACAUAUCUAGAUCUAUCCGCCGGUUCCUCUUGCACUGGUGAAGAAUAAAUCAUUUCCAAAUCGUCUUUGACAAAUGAAGAAGAGAAGAAAAUUUGCUGCGCCGUGGUCGGUUUCAUUCCGGCAUCUUCCUUUUCCAAGCUGCGGACUCAACUUCACCAAUUUAUUCUAUGCAAUCAAAGCAAACACCAAGUUUGAAACCUCUUCAUAAAUAGUUCGAGAAUUGGCUUCAAAAGUAAUUAAGGUGCACACUUGGUCUUUCUCUCCUAUAAUUUGCACGACACCAAACAGUGAUACAAGCUAGAAGUGCAUAUUCAUACUGAAGAAUUCAAAAUUAGGGGUUUCAUUGUUGAAGGUGGAAGAGAAGUUCCAGGAAGAAAAACCAACAACAAUGAAAGAAAUACAAUGAUCAACAGUACAAAGGAGGCAGAAUUUCCACUAAAACAGGAAGGUCUUUCUUCAAGCGAUCAUCAUGAAAAGGAAAAGGCUACAUCAAGCUCAUCAUCACAAUGGCUAAAACUGAAGGAUCCAAGGAUUGUUCGAGUAUCUCGAGCUUUUGGAGGAAAUAAAGACAGGCACAGCAAGGUGUGCACUAUAAGAGGACUAAGAGAUAGAAGGGUGAGGCUUUCAGUUCCCACAGCAAUUCACCUCUAUGAUCUUCAAGAUAGGCUUGGACUCAAUCAACCAAGCAAGGUUGUAGAUUGGUUGCUCAAUGCAGCUAAGCAUGAAAUUGAUGAACUUCCACCACUUCCAAUUCCUCCAGGUAACUUCACCCUUGGUUAUCCAUCUCUUGUUGCUUGUAAUAAUGAUCAAUUUAGCACCUCUCGUGAAGGUUCAGGCCAAAACACCUUAUGGAAACCAAAGUCCAAAGAGGUUUCCGGAGAAAUGGUUAGUGGUAAAGCAAAUUGGAUGAAUAGAAGUGAAGAUGAUGAUAAUGAUAAAAGUAGUAAUAAUAAUGAUGAUAAACAAAGCAAUAGUUGUCAUGGUGCACAUGUUUUGCCAAAUAGUCUCUUACCAAGGGCAAAUCAUCCUUCUUUUUUGGGCUUGAUGAACACUAUGCCCUCACUUGGUUACCAAUGGGACCCUAAUUCAGGUGAUGUUGCUCAAUGGGCAAAUCAUGGAUUUGUUAAUCAAGCAGAUAUACACAGCAUUAAUGUGGUUCCAUUCCCAUCAAAUUUGGCUCUAUCAACUGGGAAUACUACUACUCCUCAAAUUUUGGUGUGUCCUCCUGGGGCAACACAACCAUAUUUCCCUUCCCAUCAUGUUGCAUCAAUGGAGAUGAAUCAAAGACAACUCAACCACUAUCAGAUGCUGAGUUCAAGUUCUCAAAAUUUCUUGGCAAAUUCUCUCAAUCCAUCACAAGUUAUAAGCCAACAAGGGAAAGUACCAUUCAGCUUGGGUAAGCCUAAACUUCUCCAUUCUCCUAACAGCAGUGAAAGCCAUUCUCGUAAACACUAGGAUUUUCCUUCCAAAUGAUACACAAAAUAGAGUUAUCUAAAUUCUUCUCCUCACAAAAUAUGCAUGGAUCAUAAGGCCUGUGGGAAUUGAAGUUCAUUAGCUGCAAGACAUUAUUCAACGUUUCGCGGGGUUUGAAUAAUCAUUCCGUUUUUGUGUUAUGUUUGAUUUUCUGAUGUUUCCUGGGUUUAUGUAGGUACAAUUAACUUAAUUUUCCAUUCAGUUUAAUCUAUAUGGAUGCCAUGCAAAGGUCUACAAAAAAAAUGGGUUUUUUCAAGGGUAAUUAAGAGCUUUUCCUGAAGUGAAAAUGUGAUUGCUACGCUAAAGAGAACACAUGCUCAGAUAAGUUAAUUAACUCUCUAUUCUACAUUGAGAAAGGUUGGAAAAGGUAGAAUAAUAAUAUUAUCAUUGAUAGUGAGUUUGGGAUUUUAUUUUAUUUUAUUCUGUUAAACAUUAUGUGUUUGAAUGAGACAGGAAUUCUCAGUGUGCUAUGUUAUAUACCAAGUGUUAAGUAGUUUUUUUUUCAAUCA